AUGCCUCCUCCUCCCGAAGAAGAAGCUCAACCCAAAACCGAUCAAACCUCCGAACGCGACACCACUCCACCACCACCGCCUACACCGCAAUCUCAACCGCCUCAAUCGCAAACUUACCCACCAGUAUAUGGCUUUCCAGGUUAUCCUCAAGCCCCAUACCCAAACUAUCCAAACGCACCUUACAAUCACCAACAAUAUGCUUACGCGCAAGCCCCACCAGCUUCCUAUUACGGUUCUUCUUACACACCUCAGCAAAACCCGGUUUACCAAAGACCGGCUCCGCCCGCUUUCUUCAGAGGAAUCCUCACCGGUUUAAUCUUUUUAGUAGUCUUCGUCUGCGUCUCCACCACCAUGGCAUGGCUCUUCCUGCGUCCUCAAAUCCCAGUUUUCUAUGUAACCAAUUUCUCAGUCUCUAAUUUCAACCUAACCGAACCAGUUCUCUCCGCUCAAUGGACGGCCAAUCUCACCGUCGAGAAUCCUAACACGAAACUGACAGGCUACUUCGAUAGAAUCCAAGGGUUCAUCUAUAACCAAAACCCGGUCGGAGAUGAAGACUACUUGGCGAUGGCGUAUUUUCAGCCGGUUUUCGUGGAGACCAAGAAAUCUGUUUCGGUCGGAGAAACCCUAAUUGCGGGACAGAAAGGACAGCGGAAAGUUCCAGGUUGGGUCGAAGAAGAGAUGAAGAAAGAGAGAGAUAUAGGAACGGUGACGUUUAGUCUGUGGAUGGCUGUUUCGGUCACUUUUAAAACCGAUGGUUGGUCGGCGCGGGAGAGAGAGCUUAAAGUGUUUUGUGGGAAGUUGAAAGUCCCGUUCGAAGGAGGAUCAGGAAACGGUGUCGUUUUGUUGCCGAAGCCUCUUCCUUGUUUGGUUUACGUUUGA